AUGUUUCAAGAACAACAAAAAGCUAGAAGACAAGGCUUAGAGUUACCAGAAAUAUUACUACCAAAAAAUCCAUAUCAUGAAGAAUAUAAACCAACAGUAAAUAAACCAAGAGAAACUUGGACAAGACCAAACUUACCAAUAUCACCAACCUUCUUUACAAAAAUGAAAGAAGUG